ACACCCCGCACACACUUACUCGGGCCUGGACACGGAGAUUCAGUUGGCUGCCAAAUCAUAAUCAGUGUACCUCUGAGUGAGGCCUCCGUUUGCCAAAUUUCUCUAUUUUCUAACAUGGAGCUCCACAGUGUGCAUAAAUCCUUCCACCACAGCCACCUUGGCGAGGAGAAGCACCAGAUGCUGAACCUGAACCGCCGCCUGGAGACCUACCUGAGCCGGGUCAAACUCCUGGAGGAGGAGAAUGCGAUACUUGCAAAGGAGAUCCAAGCGAUGAGACGGAGCAGUCACGGAGCCUCGACACGAAGGAAGGGGCUGGAGGAAGAGCUGCGGCAGGCGAGGAUGGAGGUGGAAGCAGCAUGGAGGGACAGGAUCCUCACAGAGAUGGAGGUCAACAAGGUGGCCGAGGAGCUCCAAACCCUGGACCUGCAGAGGCAGAGGGAGGCUCAGGCCCAUGUCGAGGCCAAGAAGAAGCUGGAGCAAAGCAGGAAGGAGCUUGAGGAGGAACAGAGGGCUCAGAUCUGGCUGAGGGAGAAGGUCAGUCAGUUGGAGCAUGAGAUGAUGCACCUCAUUCAAACCCACCAGGAGGAUGUUGCCCACGUGGAGGCUACACUGAACCAUUCCAGAGCCUCAAUGCCAACCACAAUGGCUCAAAGGUGCCACCAGACACCGAACCUCCAACAGCUGGAGCAGGAGUUCUCCCAGAGGGCCAGCAGGGCAUGGCAGCAGGCCGCCGAGGCCCAUCAGGGCCAGAUAGACCGGCUAGAGGAGUCACUCAACCAGGCCAGGAGCCGCCUGGCCCAAGUGGGUCAGGAGAAGAGCGAGAGCCUGCUGAAGCUCCAGGCGCUGGAGAAGGAGCUCGCCUCGGCGCAGGAUGUCAGACUGCAUCUGGAGCAGACGGCAGCUCAGCAGGGAGACAGAUACACAGAGGAGAUCCAGCAGCUCCAGGAGCACUUGCAGGGCCUGGAGGUGGAGAGAGAGGACCUGGGCGAGCAGAUCCAGCAUAUUGUCCUGGAGAACCGAGGCCUGCUGCAGCAGAAGAUGGCUCUGGGCCUGGAGGUAGCCACAUACAGAGCUCUGCUGGACAGCGAGAGCCUCAGGGGAGACGUGUCAAUUCAGCCAAGAAACAUCCCAGAUGCAGUUUUCAGUCCUUGGGGGGUUAAGAAGAAUUACCAGACCCAGCUGUCCAGUCACCACAAGACCACUUCCCUCUCAUCUGUCCAUGGAACAACAGGAAGAGGGCCAAUUACUGCAGCUCCAGUCUGGAGCAGAAAACCAGUAACCCUCAGUGACACUCCAAAGGUUUCCACAAAACCUGCAUAUAAAGAAACAACAAAAUCAGCAACGUGGGACGCCCCUUAUCCCAAAAUACUACAGGAUGGAGCUGUGGAAAAUUUCAGACCCCAGGAGGUUCAUGAGAAAGUCACCUAUGCUGAGCCUCUGUCACCUCCAAAUGAGCCUGAAACAGCACCAGGGGACAAAGAAGGUGAAGAGGAUUGGAGCAAUGUUGAUGUGGAAAGAGCAGUUGAAGAGGCAGCUGUCAGUUAUCAGGUCAAGUCUGGCCUCAGCAACGAGCCUCCUUUCAAUGAAGAAGUGGCUCAGCAUCAGUUUGACACACCCAACCUUACACCACACCAAGUCAGAACCACUGAGGAGCUCUGUGGUUUCUCAGAUGGAUCUGAUAAGGAUGUGCCUCUUGAAAUACCUGCUGAUAAAGAAGAUAUACAAGAGCCGCAUGCCCCAAUUGAUGCAUGGGUAGAGAAAGAGUUUAUAGGCAAAGAAGUAGAGGAAAUGUCAGAUUCUGAAACUGAGGCAGUAAUAGAACCAAACUUUGACUCCAGGACGAGCAGUCCAGUGUCUGAAUGUGAGCCAGAAGAGAGCUUGUUCAAAAGAGUGGCAGACUUCAGCCGAGAUGAAAACAUCUUACAGGAGGAUGCGGUUGAGAUGAGGCAAGAAAUAAAGUGUUCUAUAGGAGGAACGAAUGAGACGGAUGUUGAGGACAAGUUGUACCCUGACGGAGAAGAGAUGGAUACAUGGGAUAGUGUCAUAGAAAGGAAAGUUGAUCUGAAGACCAAUGAUGGUGUAAAGGAGGAUGAAGAAAAAGGACAACAUGCAGAACCAGAGGAAGAUAUAUCAGCGAGAGAACAAGAGCACGACAAGAGAGUAAUUAGGCAAGAGUCUGUUAUGGGUGUAGAGCAACAUGACAAUAACGUGGCCUCUUCAGUAACAGAGACACAAGUAGAAGCUGAUGGACAGCAUGCUGUGUUAGAUGAAGAGCAAACACCACUUCCUGUCGACGAAGAAGACGAAGAUGAGGAUUCUCAAAAUGUCUCCGUGUCAUGGAGGACCGAGCUGGAGAGUGACAGCUACGCUCAGGAGAACACUCUUGCUGACACUCGUCCUCUGAUCCGAUACAAGAGCGACGAGACCGACGCCAACACUCAGCACAUGGACGAGAGCGAGUCGAGCGAAGGAGAGCAGGAGAAGAAGGUGGGAGAGACGGGGAUGUGGAGCGAAGGCAAGUCAAAGAGGUUUGGAACUAUGGAAGAUCUGUGUGAAGAGGUUGAAGGAGAAGCACUGGAUGAAGUAUAUAAUCUGGGAUAUACUCACACAGAGGACAGGGAUGUUGGUGAUGGCGUGACUGGAAGUGAGCAGGAAACACGUGGGAAUGCAGAAGAAAUGAGCAGAGAAGUCAGUGAGGGACAUUCGAAUGAAGAAACUGAAGAAUUCAUCAAACCUACCGUACCCAGAGAUGUGGAUUACGAUGAGGAGUUGGAGACAGACAGACUUGUGGAACAGGAGUUAGAAAAUCUUGCCACAGACAGCUACAUAACUCACUUUACACACCAGCAGGUCAGACAGAGUCCUCAGGGCAAGUCUGUCGAGGAAAUGCCACAGCAAGAAGAGGCUGGAAUGUCUUCCUGUGCAGAGCCUGAAGUGAGUGUAGAACAACAACUUGCAUCCUUCACUACAACUGUAGAUCAACCUUAUGAGAACAUAUAUUCUAGUGAUACAUCAUCCAUAGUGAUGCAUCAAGCAGAAGCCGAAGAGGAGGCCCAGCUUAAAGACCAAGAGGUAACAGAUGCUCCAGAGAAAAGAGAGGAAGAAGAUGAACACAAUGCGUCCAUGUUAACACAUGCUGAUGUAACAGAAGAUCACUCUGGCUUUAUUGACUUCCUCAGCAGGCCAGAUAUGGAAGAAAUCAACAAAUCUGAGGAUCCAAACACUGUGAUGCAGGUCACAGCUGGUCUGGAAGCCCUGCAGGAUGUGGAGGCCCCCACCGAGGUGAAAGUGGUUGCACCUGUGGAACCAUCCAGUGAAUUUCAAGAACAUCUAACUGAGGAUGUUGCGGACUGUGAGGAGUUUCCAGAUGUUCCAGAAACAGCUGAAUGGGAAGUCCUCGAGAACCAAAGUGAUGACUUCGAAAUCAGAUAUCAGAAAGAAGAACGUGAGGCGCCGGAAUCAGCUGAAAGUUACCUCCACGACGAUGAAGGCAUUAUGACACAUAAAGAGGAGCCACUCGAGAUUUCCCCCGACAGUGUACCUGAUGAUAUAUUUGUGGUGAAGGAGUCAACAGAACUACUGAACACAAACGGCAAAGACAACGGUCUGCAUGAUUUCUUUGGAUCUGGUGUAAAGAAUGACUUCUGGGUGUCCUCCCUGGAGGCUGGUGCCACCUAUCAACCGGACGAUGCCUGUAAUGAAGCAGCUGAGCAAACCAAUCAGAAUCUAGGGUUUGCUGAUAACAUGGUUUGGGGGGAUUCAGAAAAUGUGGUUAACUGGAACUCUAGGGUGGAUAUUGACUCAUCAAAAGCCCUCGCUGCAGAGAAAGAGCAGGUGCAGAUGCAUUCAGAGGUGAAGCAAGUGUUGAGUAGAAAUGUUGCUGUUGGGGAGUUGGUACAUUCUGAUGAGUCUGAUGUUGAGGGUGAAUCGUGGUCAUCCGGGGAGGAAAGGCUAUAUAAGUAAUGAGGUUUUUUUUUUUUAGCUCUAAUCUGUGUUAGUCCAAUACAUUUUCACUCCCAACUUGUCAGAUAUUGUCUCUUAGCGUCGGAUUAAAACCCUCUUGUGUUGAUGCAUGUCAGUUUUCAGGUAUUACAUGCACAGAAGCUUUCAAAAUAAACUUCGGUAGUUUUAGGCACUAAUACUACUGGUUAAGGUGAGGACAAAAGAGCAGUGUGAGGGUUAAAACUACUUCUUCACUUACAUAGUUGGAGCAGAACGUGAAAUGGAUUUUGUUGGAACAUGGACACUGUUCUCUUGGGUGAAAGUCCUGGGUUUGUUUGACCUGUUCACCACCCAUCCAGCCCACCAGUAGUGAAAAUUUGCACUCUAAGCAUCUGAUAUCGUCACACUGGAGUUAAUGUGAAGCCUGGUGCAUCGUCUCAUAGGGGAAGUGAUGGAGCUGUGGUAUCUGAAGAGUUGGGAGUGGGAACGGGUUGGUUGGUCAAAGGAAAUCUAUGUUUCUGUAUAACUCAUUUAUUAGGAAAACCAAAGUCGUGCCUUGGUGCGCACCUCAGUGUCGCUAACCACCAAUGUGCCAAGUCUGUCUCUAAAGAUACUGAGCACUCGCCUCAUUUCCUUAAACUGACAUAUUUGACUAACCAUUUCUGUUUUCUAUCCUAAUUAUUGAAACUCUUUCAGUCUUUCGUGUGCAUGUCAUGGAGGAAGGUUUGUGCAUGAGGGAACGGCAUGAAGAUAGAACAAAGAAUGUCAUUUGAAAGUCAGAGCGUUUAUUGAUUGCUGCCUAAUCUGAUUUUACUGACUGAUGGAAAUCAAUGAGAGUAGAAGGGUCGGGUUCCUGGUAGAGCUGCUAUUUCACCGUGCAUCAAACAGACAGCUUGUGAUCUCGUUUCACUACAAUUGACUCAUCUUUGCAUGUUUUACAGGUGUAAAAUGAAUGGUUGGUUGGAAAAGGAUUAUAUAAAAGAUUACACAGACCUGUUUGGAUAGGCAAACUGUUUGUAUUAGUUUGGUCUGAAUUAAACAGACUUUUCAUUUCCAUCAUAAAGUUUUCUCUGCGGUACAUUUACAAUCUGAAAUAAACAGUAGAUUCAUUAUAA